GCUUGAAUGUAAGCUCUCGCUGACCUCCCACUAUGAAGAUGGGGUUGCUAUGGAAACUGCUUGUGCUCCAGUCAUUCAUCGGGUGUCUGGCAGAGAGUACCAUGCCGCUCCGGCCCGUAUUCGUGAAGCAGCCUGGCAGUAUCGUUUUCCCCAUGCACUCCUCCGAAACGAGACGAGAAGUGACGUUCAGCUGUGAAGCCCAGGGAUACCCACCACCCUCUUACAGGUGGAGGCUCAAUGACUCCUUCAUCGUGCCCCGGUUGGGAUCUCGCUAUAGCUUCUCUGGAGGAAACCUGCAGAUCAGCCAUCUCAAUAAGGAGGAGGACGUGGGGAUUUACCAAUGCCUGGCAUCCAACUCCUUAGGGACCAUUCUGAGCAGAGAGGCCAGUCUGCAUAUUGCCUAUUUGGACAACUUCAAGACGCAGAAAAGGAGUCCGGUUCGAGUCCGAGAUGGCCAAGGAGUGGUUCUGCUGUGUGGCCCUCCUGCCCACAUGGGAGACCUGACCUUUUCCUGGAUCUUUAACGCGUACCCGACGUUUGUGAAGCAGGACACUCGGCGCUUCGUGUCCCAGAAGACGGGCAACCUGUACAUCGCCAAGGUGGAGCCCUCGGACGUGGGCAACUACACCUGCGUGGUGACCAACACGGUGACCAAGAGCAGCGUGCAGGGGCCCCCCACGCCACUGGUGCUGCGCAGCGAUGGUAUUAUGGGUGAAUAUGAGCCCAAGAUUGAAGUGCAGUUUCCUGAAGUCAUCUCUGUGGCAAAGGGACAAACCGUGAAGCUGGAGUGCUUUGCAUUGGGAAACCCUGCUCCUUCCAUCAGCUGGAGGAGGGUGGAGGCGCUUCCCUUCCCCAGGAAGGUGGACGUGAACAAGGCCAGCGGUGUGCUCGAGAUCCCCUACUUCCAGCCAGAGGACGCAGGCAUCUACGAGUGCGUGGCUGAGAACGCCCGGGGCAAAAAUGCAGUGAAGGGGAAGCUCACGUACUAUGCGCCGCCUCAGCUGACGGAGAAGCCUCAGGACCUGCAGAGGCCGAUCGACGAGUCGGUGGUGUGGGAGUGCAAAGCCAGCGCCAAGCCCAAGCCCUCCUACAGGUGGCUGAAGAACGGGGAGCCGCUGGAACCCAUGGAGAACAAACUGCAGGUCGUCAACGGAGCCCUGGCCAUCUCGUCCUUGACCCUGUCGGACGCCGGGAUGUACCAGUGUGUGGCGGAGAACCGGCAUGGCCGCGUAUUCACCAACGCCGAGCUCAGGGUCAUCGCUGUGGCGCCGGAUUUCUCGUCGAGCGCGGUGCGGAGCCAGACUCUGGCCAGGCAGGGGGGCGACGUGCUGAUGGAGUGCCGGCCCAGGAUGUCCCCUCGGGGGAUGAUCUCCUGGAGGAGGGGCAAGGAGGCCCUGCGGGAGAGCCACAGGGUCUCUGUACUGGAUAAUGGAAGUCUGCGGAUAUCAAAUGUCACCAAAUUGGACGCCGGUCUCUACACAUGUGUGGCCAGGAACCAAUAUGGCAUGGCAAGCAGCGCGGGGACUCUGGUGGUAAAAGAGGCCACUGUGAUCACGACCAAAGCCGCGCAGGUGGACGUGACGGUGGGUGAGAGUAUAGUGCUGCCCUGCCAGGUCUCCCACGACCCCUCCCUGGACGUCAAGUUCACCUGGUUCUUCAACGAGCUCAUGAUCCAGUUCGGAAGCCAUGGCGGAUACUUCGAAAAAGUUGGCGGACAGUCUGCGGGAGACAUCAUGAUCCGCAACAUCCAGCUGAGGCAUGCUGGGAAGUACACCUGUGCCGUCCAGACCAAAGUGGACAGGGGGGCGAUAGCCAUCGAUGUGGUGGUCAGAGGAUCUCCUGGCCCGCCAUCCGACCUGCAGGUAGACGCGGUCACGGAGACCACGUCGUCCAUCUCCUGGAGGGCGGGGCCUGACCACCACAGUCCCAUCCUCACCUACAUCAUCCAGGCCAGGACCUCCUUCUCUCUGGGCUGGCAGGCCGCUAACACAGUUCCAAAGCUGUUGGGAACUGGUCAGCUGUCCGCCACGGUCACUGAGCUCAACCCAUGGGUGGAGUACGAGUUCCGGGUCCUGGCAACCAACGCCAUCGGGACAGGAGAGCCCAGCAAGCCCUCGAAAAAAGUUCGGACCAAAGAAGCACUGCCAAAAGUUACCCCUACCAGAGUGAGUGGAGGUGGGGGAAGUCGAUCCGAGCUGGUCAUCACUUGGGAGCCUGUGCCAGAGGAGCUCCAGUGUGGGCCAGGCUUCGGCUACGUGGUGGCCUUCCGUCCUCACGGGGCACAGGGCUGGAUGCAGGCGGCGCUCACCUCCCCCGACGCCUCCAAGUACUCCUUCAGGGACGACAGCAUCCCGCCCUUCACCCCCUACCACGUCAAAGUGGGCGUAUACAACAACAGGGGGGAGGGGCCAUUUGGCCCAGUGACGACCAUCUACUCUGCAGAGGAAGAGCCGACUGAGGCGCCCUCUAGAGUCCGUGCCAAGAGUCUGUCCUCGUCUGAGGUGGAGGUGUCCUGGAAGCCCCUCCCCUGGAACACCACCAAAAGACGCAUCAUGGGCUAUGAGCUCAGGUACUGGGAGCAGGAUGCGACGGCGGACACGGCGAGUGUGGUGCGCACGGUGGGGGAGCGGGCGUGGGCCGUGCUGCGCGAGCUGGACGGCAGCAGCACCUACCUCAUCAACGUGCGCGCGUACAACAGCGCCGGCGUGGGCCCGGACAGCACCGUGGUCAACAUCACCACCAAGAAGCCCCCCCCGAGCCAGCCGCCGACUAAGGUCAUGUGGAACGCAUCCAACUCCAAGAUCAUCCUGCAGUGGGACCACGUCAAGGCCCUGGAGAACGAGUCCGAAGUGAUGGGCUACAAGGUGAUGUACAAGCAGAACCGACAGGCCCGGCCCAGCGUCGUGGAGACCAACGGCACGUCCCUGGAGCUCUCGCUGCCCGUGGACGAGGACUACGUGGUCCAGAUCAAACCGGUCAGUGAGGGAGGCGAGGGCCGCAGCAGCCGACAGAUCACCAUCCCGCGGGUAGCAGGGGCGCAUGUGGUGGGCGCGGCGUGGCGGACCCCCGCGUUGUCGGCGCUGGUGACGCUGGCACUCGCCCACACAGCCAGGACGCUGUUAUGACAAAAGCCGCUCCCGCCGGACUCGCCGAGUCGCACGAGAUGAGAGGCGAAG